AUGGUUCAUCAGCACGGAGAUCAUCAUAAAAUCCCCGCCAAGCACCGGAUUCACAAACCCGGAGCAUGGCUUCCCGCCGACCAUCGCGUGCACAGAGAGUACAUGCGCCGCGUCACAAAACACGCUGAUGAGAACCCCAAAGAGCUCACCCCCGUUCUCCAAGAGUUCAAGGACUUUAUCGAGAAGACGCCCCGCGUGUACAUGUACUUCAUCCAGAUGUUUGAGGAGAUCCCCCAGAAACAUCCGUACGAGAAUGACCCUACUGGAACACCUCAGUUGAGAGACUACGAGCAUAUGCUGCAGGUGCUCAAUCACAUCUUUAGCACGGCGCCAGAGUGGACGGAUGCGGCGGAGAGCGUGGGCAUGGUAGGCGUGCCGCUCUGUGCCAUCUUUGACUAUCCUAUGGGAACGCCCAGUGGUUAUGCGGCGUUUCUCGACCCUGAUGUGAAUCGCAUGCUCAAGAAGGUUCUCAACCACUGGGGCAAGUUUCUUAUGACGCCUGAAUCUGCUAAGGUUCUGGGAGAUCACAAGCAAGGUUGGUUUGGCCCAGUAGGUCUGAAUGACCUCGUCGAGGUCGCCAACAAGCCAAAUAAGACAAACUUCAAGUUUGAGGAGGUCUUCGAGUGUGAUCCCUCAGCCAAAUACUACGGCUUCAAGUCCUGGGAUGACUUCUUCACUCGCAAGGUUCGCGACAGCGCUCGUCCCGUUGCUUCACCAGAUGACGACCUUGUCAUCGCCAACUGCUGUGAAUCGCGCGUCUACAACAUCGAACGCGACGUGAAACUCCGCGACCGUUUCUUUGCCAAGGGCCAGCCUUACUCUAUCCUCGAUAUGCUGGCUCACGAUCCUCUCGCUGAGAAGUUCGCCGGCGGAACCAUCUAUCAAGCCUUCCUGUCCGCUCUCUCCUACCACCGCUGGCACACUCCCGUAUCCGGUAAGGUCGUACGUGCCUUCGUCCAAGACGGAACGUAUUUCAGCGAGCCUCUAUUCGAAGGUGUAGGCGAGCCUGGAUCGACGGAGAUCUCGUCAGCGGGAUUAUCGCAGAGUCAGGGAUAUCUGAGUGCAUUGGCGACGAGGGCUAUCAUUCUGAUUGAGGCUGACGAGCCGGCGAUCGGACUCAUUGCGUUCGUUGGUAUUGGUAUGGAUGAGGUUAGUACAUGUGAGAUUACCGUCAAGGAGGGACAGCACGUCAAGAAGGGACAGGAGACGGGCAUGUUCCACUUUGGAGGCUCGACGCAUUGUGUUAUCUUCCGCAAAGGCGUCAAGGUUGAGGGAUUCCCCGAGGUUGGUCGGGAGGAGAACGUGCCAGUUCGAAGCCAAUUGGCUGUUGUGAAGAAGUAA